GCAUUUAUUCGUCAUUGCUUAAAACAUAAAAGUUUUACAUGCACCACACCAUUUGUACUUAUAAUAUGAUAACGUUAAGAAAAGUUUGAUUAGCUCGCUAACUCACUAGCCUGUUCCCGUGUUGUCUGGGAAACGGAAACACACUACACUGUCGCAAAACGCAGGAUGUGAGUCACUGGCCAACAAUUUUUAGAAACUUUUGAAUAAGCCACUAUGUUACAUUCUUCUGAGGGUACAGAGCAGUCUUUAGACAUUUAUUCGGACGACGAUGAUAAUAAUGGAUUAAGAGAACGAAGAAACGCAUUUGGGGAUAUAAAUGCAGCUUUAGAUGAGAGCAGCACGAGCCGCAGGGUAACGCCUGGACGGCGGCAGCAGCUGUAUAGAGACACACACCUGUGGCCCGCUCGCGUUGUUUCUAUGCUUUGCAGCAUUGCCGUUGUCUCAUUCAUCGCCGUGCUUAUCUCCUUUUUGUACAUCAUAUUAAAAGAUUUAAGAGCAGAAAGGAUAACCACUGAAGAUGGAGCAGAAGUGAGACUCAUGGGGUUUUGGAGUAUUUUGAUCCUGUCUUCUGUUGCUGGACUUCUGUGUUGCAGUUUCUCAUGGACUCUAACCUACUUUGACUCAUUUGAGCCAGGGAUGUUUCCUCCAACCCCUCUUUCCUCAGCCAGAUUUAAGCGAAUGACCGGACACUCCUUCCACAUGGGCUACAGCAUGGCUAUACUCAACGGCGUAGUGGCUGCGCUCACUCUUAUAUGGUAUCUCAUCUGACGCCAGACACACACGUCUCAACUGACCUCACCUUUUAUCAAUGGGCGAUCCUGAAAACGUCAUGAGAAAUAAAGAAUCUAAAAAGCAAACACAAAAAUCUAAGUAUGAAUAAAUAAAUAAUCAUGUAAUAACUGUCUUUUGUGACAGAAGAUACACAAAAGGAGGUCAUUUAAUAAAUAUCUACACUGCUACAAUUUUUUGCUCUGGAAUUGCUUAAAUAUCUGGGGGGAAGGGUUGUCACUAGAAACAAAAAUAUUUAAAAAGAUGACAGACUUCUUUUAGUCCUUGAAAAUUUGAAUAGACUAGGCUGUCCUUAUUGGCUCAAAAAUGGUUUGAGUGGGAGCCGAUGCUAUAUCUUUUCCCUACCAAUGACAGAUAGAGGGAAUGUUUAAAAUUUUAAAAUGAUACUAUUUGGUGCCACUGGAAAAAUUAUUUAAAGUAUUUUUUUAAAUAUUUUUUAAGACUUUCUUUUUAAAAACCUUAUAUAAAACAAGGCUUGCACUGUGAAAAAAAGAUUUGUUGGUUUGACUUUAAAAAAAUAAAAUAAGUAAAUGAGUAAAAAUAUUGGGUUAACUAAUAAUUUUCAGCUGAAUAAGCGGGAAUUAAGUCAACCUGGUAACUUCUGGCGCUUUCCGUUUGCAUAGUAGGGGAGAGCAGGCCACAACCUAACGCUUUUUGGUUUUGGCUCAAUCACUAAAAUAAUAUUUGAGUUUUAAUUAUAUUUUUACACAAGCAGAACACACAUCUCUGCUACAAAAUUAACAUUUGAAGUGUAUUUCUAUUACUAACCAUUCUUGGACAACAGAAGUGCAAACGUUACAACUUACCCCAUAGGUGGGGUUAAUUGUAACAGGCAGGGGGUUAGUUGUAACUUCAAGUGGAUAUUGUUUAAAUAUCUGUCUAUAAUAGACAGGUAUCUACACUAUUCAUCCCUCAUCUAACCAUUAUUCAAUUGUAAAUGGAAACAAAUGUCUAAAUAUGUGAGAAAAAGCAGCACAAUUAUGACAAAAAAAAAAAACCAUACUAAAGUCUCAAAAUCAAAUUCUGAGAUAAUGACAAUCAAAUUCUGAUUUUAGCCAAUAAUUUAAUUAUGAUUUUAAUCUUUGAUAUGACCUUAUUUAAUCAAUAUUAAAGAUAUGAACAAAAUUCUUUUUGAGACAAUUUUUGAUAAAGGCACAUUUAUUUUGUUGGCAGCUAGCAAUCAUUCGUGUGUAGCCUCUUUAAAACAACGACAAGAAUUACGCUAAUGUUAGCUGUUUUCAUAUCGUAAGUGCUGAGGGGUUAGUUGUAACACAGGGUUACAAUUAACCUUGCUGGUUGAAAAUAUUUUCAAGCCUACAAAAAAAGUUGAUAAGAGCCGCAAACAUAUUUCAAAACGAUGCUAUGUUUUAGUCAACAAGACACUGAUUAAUAUGACAUAGCAUUGGAUUUGGUAUCUUACACACACAACAUAGAAACCGAAAAAAACAUAUGAAAAAUGUACUUACAUGCCACCAAAACACUCUUUCAUUAAUAACUCUAUGGAAAAACAUUAUACCUUUCCAUAAAUUUGGAAAUUCUUCUUUUGGCAGUGUGAAAAAAAACUGGAAAAACAAAUCGUUCAACCCUGUGCAACAAUGUAAACGGUACGGGUUACAAUUAACCCUGCAUUAGUUUGUGCCCCACGCACCCCUACCCCACGGGCCAGGUCGUGUUGGCUGACCUUACUUUGGCUUGGUUAGCUUUUUAAUUAAGUUUAGUAACACUUCAGAGUAGGGAUGCACCGAAAUGAAAAUUCUUGGCCGAAACCGAAAACCGAAAAAGUGGAAACCAAGGCCGAAAACCGAAAGCCGAAACACCGAAAGAAAUUAUGCCAAUUAUUAGUACUACCAUUGCACUUAUGGUAUUUUUGUGUGUAAUAGAAAUGGAGUCAACACACACAAUUUGAGAAAAAAAAAAUAAAGCAAACAGCAUGUGGCAUAAACAAACCCAACUUCAGUUAUAUAGGCUAUCUGCCUCACAUCUGGAAAAACUGGUGAGUAGGCUACUAGUGACACAUCAGGUUGUUAAAAGUUAAACUGUUUGUUUAAUUAAUCCUUUGGUGCUUGUUUGCCAUGCAGUAUACAUUUAAAAACUGAGUUGUGCUAGUUGUGGUUUUGUUUUAACGUUAAUGUUACAAAUACAAAAUGCUGAUAAAAAAAUGAUGGCAUUUUAAUGCACGUUAAAACCCCGAAUGGAUCGAAGGCUCAGUCAAAUAUGAAUAACUUCUUUAUUUAGUCUGACAUGUUUUUGUUUAGAAAGAAAAUCAUAUUUAGCCUACCUUCUCCGGUGAAACCCGUUUUUCUCAUUAAUGCCAGCUGCAGAAAAAACUCUGCUAUGUGGUUAUCCAGUGAGAACAACAAACGGAUCUAACAAAUAUAUCUGAAUUUAAUAUUAUGUUACAAAUAACGCAAGCUGGCUUGAUACAUUAUUGCUGAGGGUGCAAAGUUACGAGCUUAAUUUAACAACACUUCACAAAACGGAGCUAUUGUUUGCUGUUACGGCAUUUGCAGUUAUCGGGUUCGUUUUAACCAUAUCCACAGAUAAAAUAAAUGUUCUACGUUUCGCUUUCCAUGUGUGUCUCGUGUCGUUUUAACAACAAAAUAAACUAGGCUAUGUAAGGAAGCUAACAAAUCUCUCAUGAUGCACGCUGAUGCGGCGGCGGAUAAGCACGUCUAACACCCGGCAUUAAAACUCUAAACACUUAAAUGAGUCUGCAAUCUGAAUUACCAAAACAAUCAGAAAUACAUACAUAUUAAUUUUCAUGUAUAUUUUAUAUUAAAGUCUGUAAAAGACCGCACAGGUGAAGUGAAAAAGGAUUAAAUGAGCAGUAGCCGUAAUGCUGCGGUGGCGGAUUAAAAACAUUUGAAUAUCAUUUUUUUCCCCAUUCUAAUUAUUAUUGCAGAUCGAAUAUUUGACCAUUCGUGCACAUCCCUAAUUUUAAAAGCAAUCAUGUUAAAUGUCUGUUAUUCUGGAUGUUAAUCUGAACGAAUGUUUAGUCGGAGCUUGUGAAAACAGUACACAAAUGCCCAGAGAAAAUCCGCGGGUUUGGACACAAACAUUACGGUCGUGGGCGGGAGUGGAACUCACAGGUUGCGGAGGUCCUGGUCUGAAAUUCGGCAGACGCGGGUUUGAGAGAAAUCUAUUCCACACCGCAGAUAUGUUACUUCAGACAAGCACGUGCAGGUCGCGGUUUCUGUUUGCGUCAUCACAUUAUUUCGGCCGUAAUUUUUCAGUGAUAAAAGUCUUUCGGCCGAAAACCGAAAAUCCACGUUUGGGCCAUUUUCGGCCAAAAAUUUUCGGUGGCCGAAUAUUCGGUGCAUCCCUACUUCAGAGUGUGAGGGUUUAUAGGCGUGGCAUUAUAUUUGCGCUGCCUACUGCUGUGACAUCAUUCAAAAAGUGGGAGUGAGCAUCGUUGGAAUGCAAUGUUUCCCAUACAUUCAUUUAUUUGUCAGUCCGCCACGAAUAGAUGUUUGCACGUUGUGUUUAUCACUACCCCUCUCUCACAUAACAGUUUGUGUACAAACACAAGUGGCGUCAGUCGACACGCUCCACUAAAAUGCCAUGUGGACAGGCGCGAUGUGGAUGUGCUGCCACAAACUGCAAGGAAAACACUGGUGUGGUGUUCCUAAAUUUUAGCCCGUGGAUGUAUUUCACCGCUAAAAGGGUGUUUGUGAACUUACAACAAAGCACAGAUGACAACAGGUAUGCUCAAGACAGCACAAGCAUGAAGGUAAAGCUAAUCUUGCGUUUUGCAAUGCUACUGGUAGUGAUGAUUCUACACUGUUUUCAUGUUUGGUAUCAGCUUAGCUUGCUUGGAACCUCAACUGAGGUGGUACUAAAAACGUAUCGGGUACUACGUACUGUACCCACACUGAUAAAAACAACUUGUAAACUUAAAAAAAAAUUACUUAAAAAAAAUCCUCGUAACAAUUUGCACGAACUUUUUUUACGUAAAAUUUACUGCUUUUUUAAGUACAACUUGCAUACUAAAAUCAAAUAAAAUCUACUUGAUAAUGCAUGAAAAACACAUUUUAAAUAAGUAAAUGUUACUUCAUUUUUUUUAGAAGUUAGUUUAUUUUAAUUGUUCAGGUAAAGUCUAUUAUUAUUAUUAUUAUUAUUAUUUUUUGAAAAUUACAGCAUUGCUGUCCUAAAAAUAAUUAGUAAAUCGUAUUUACUGUUUUUUUUUCUUUAACAUAGUUCUAUGGACUUAGUUAUUUUAAGUGUUAUAAAUUGCAUUAUAACACAAAAUUCAUCAUUGAAUAAACAAUUUUUGACAUGCAUUGUCAGCACUGUGGAGAGAAAUACAAUAUAAUGUUCCGAACAGGGUUCGUGUAAAGAAACACUGAUCACCCGAACGGUGACUUCACAAAAUUAUAAUUUACAACAAAACAACAUCAAUAAUAUUAGAGCUUAAACCUUUAUGGCAUUUUAUUAACAAAUAUUUAAGUAGUUAAAUUUCUUAUCAGUUCUUAUCCUGUGAUAAGGCUUAAAAAAUAAAAAUAUUCAAGCGCAAAGGAUUGUGGGUAUUCCUUGCAACAUGUGCAAAUAAAUUUAAGUUCAUUUUACUUGAUUUUUUUGUUGUUUAAUGAUUUAAUAUUCUUAAGUUAAAUUAACUAAGAUUGUUUUACUUGAAUCUGCUAAAGAUUUUGAUUAAAAUGUACUUAAUUAUUUAAGGACUACGUGCAGUGACUAUAAAACAAGAAAAUAUCUAAUACGACUUACUAUUCCUACACAGUUCAUUUUCUACAUGAAUUAAUUGUGUAUUUAUCAACAUUUUACUUAGGAAAAUCUAGUUCUCAAUAAAUGUUAAUAUUAUUAUGUAGAAAUUAUGAAAGUUAAUCUAAUAUAUAUUACUACACUCUAAAAACAAACGGUGCUAUAUAGCACCAAAAGUGGUUCUUUGCUCGUAAUCAUAGAAGAACCAUAUAGCACCGGUGAAGCACCUGUGUAGAACCAUAUAGUGCUAUGUAGAACCAAAUGUGGUGCUAUAGUGGUGCUAUAUGGCACCUAUAUGGUUCUACACAGGUGCUUCACCGGUGCUAUAUGCACUAAAAACGGUUCUUCUAUGGUUACGAUUCAAAUCAACAGUUUUGGUGCUAUAUAGCACUGUUUGUUUUUUUAGAGUGUACACCAAAAAGUUCAGUAUUUCAGUGCAGUAAAAAAGCCCCAAAAAACUAAGCUGACCUGACCCAACCCGUGGGGUACUAUGCAAAGGAAAAGCACCAUUACUUAUUUUUUCUACUGUGGAAAACGUUUACAGAAUUUUCACUUUUGGGUGACCUAAUAUUUUGAAAAUUAAAAUGUAAAAAUAUUUGUAAAAAAAAUACAAAAUAAAAAAAUACAUUUCUUGUUUUAUAUACACAUUUUUACAAACAAAACUAUUUCAUGAAGAGUAUUUUUACCACUUUCAUCUCUUUAAUUUUCCUAAUUUAGAUACAAAAUGACUCUUAAUGGACUACAUAUCAUUUGGAAUAACAGUGGCAUAGUCAGGGACUCUUUGUUACCCAGAUAUUGUCUUUUUAAAAGGCUUUCUGUUAUUAUUGCAGUAACAUUUUACCAUUACAAUAGCAGUGCAUUACUCUUUGCUUUCUGUUCUUUUGAUGUUGCUCAUCAGUGAAACAUUACAUAGAUGUCGUCCAGCUGUUUCUAAAAUUACGUGUGCUUUUUAGGACCUCUGCUCAGCAAAGACCAGGGUCCCUUUGGAAUUGUGCUUUAUUAAAGCUGCAUGUUGCUGCUCUAUUGAGCAUUUUAAUGGGGAAAAUUAUUAAUACAAUAGCUGUUUUGGGGUUGACGGAGAAUAGCCGUGUUAAAGCUUUGUGGAGAGUCUGGGAGAAGGUCAGAAGUGUAUAAGUGUGGAUUUAAUUUAUGACUUUAAUUAUUUGAUGCCGACUCUCUCAGACCAUUAUUAUUUUUCUUUUUUAUUAGAUUAGCAGGCCCUGUAGCGACUCAUUUUAGCUACACUAAUGCACUGGUCUGUCUCAUCUAUAGAGUAUUAAUGUACUGCCAGUGUGUACGUAUUGUAUUCAUUUCGAAUGGUUGUUUUUCUCUGAACAUGUCUCUAUUUUUAUAAUGCUUCAAUUGAUGUUUGCUCAAAUUAUUUUUGGUGAUGGCAAAUUACCCACCCGAAAACCUGUUGCUAAUAUAUUGUUUGUUUGAGUAUUUGGUUAAAAGGUUCAUAUUCAAUAUUAUUUUAGUUAUAUUGGCACACUAUGCAUUAAACAAAGAUGCAUAUUAUAUUGUUUUUCAGCCCUGAUCUGUGCAAAACACUCGCGCAUUUAGGCUGUCACAUACAAUAUCUCAUCCUAAAACCAGAUUUGCCUGGUUUGUUUUUCUGUCAUUUAUAAUAAUCAGGGAUAAAAAACACUGGAAUGUUCAUUGCUCACUCAAAAGGUGGAACAUCAUGUCAAACAACGCUAGCGUUAUAUUUUGUGAAUAUAUUUAUGCAAAAAACAAUAAAUUUGCUAUACAAAUAGUU